UUCUUGGAGGCGUUUCUGUGAUGAGUUAGAGGAACAGAAAGAAGAAGAGCACACCUCCUCUUUAUGUUGAAGACGUACCCUUCCUGGACUCACUUCAGUUACGGACAUUGCAGAGCUUCAGUCGUGCACACGAUGAUCAACUUUACCUUGAUAACAGCUUUCAUUCUCUGCAGCCUCAACUGGAUCUGUGUCUCAGUGUCUGAGACUCAGACUGUGGAGGUCCAGCCUGGUCAAGAAGCCAAACUGCUGAUCUCCAACAUUUCCAAAGAAGUAAAUUUGACAUUCUGGUUCAGACUGAUCAACAGAACCAGAGUCAGCUGUAUCUCUGUAAUGCGUAACUAUGAAGACCAAGCUGAAUUCUGUGAGGGAUAUGGCAAUGGAAAUUUUGAAAUGAGAUAUGCUGGUUCAUCUGUCUUUCUUAAAAUCAAACAAGUUGAUUUAUCUGACUCUGGACUUUAUUUCUGUGGAUUUUACAACAGUGGACGUCCAAUUUUCAGAGUGAUCGAUUUAAAGGUUAAAGGCAGCAAUGAGUCACAUGAUGACAUGGACAACAAAUGUAAAGAAGAGUGUGAUGGAACAGCAAAGCUGAUGAGUGUGAUCCUGCGCAGUCUGACUGUUUUUCCGACAAUAAUCAUCAUUAUUCUGGUUGUUAAAAUCAGGAAACUUCAGAAAGCUCUGAAUGAAGAACCAAAGACUGAAAGACACAAGGAUUUGGGCUCAGACGACCUGAACUACGCAGCUCUAAGUUUCCAGGCAAAAGCAAAGAGGAAUCGAAGGCCUGCAUCAGAGAGAGAACUGGAGCCAAAUGUUGUGUACGCUGCCACCAGAUAGACUCAGGAAACCACUGGAACAGCAGCUCAGAGUGGAGCUGAUGCUUUAUCGAAUUCACCUGCUGCUGUGAUGUUGUGUUUGGGUAAUGGAUGGAAGGGCUCAGUGGCAAUACAAUAAAUUUGGAAUAAAUUUUCUAAUUUAAAGCUCAGUUGUUGCUCAUGUUUAUUUCUGUCUCUCUCAAUCAAAGUCUGUGUCGUUCAUAUUGUUUUGCCUUCUGUCUGAGGGGAAAGAAAGAGUAUGAUUGAUGUGUGAUGGAGGA